CCCUGAGGAGCACUUUUCUGUGCUAAUCUGCGCGCUUGCGCUCGCGUUUAUGUGACGCAAUGGGACGUUUCGCCGGCCUUUACGAUUGUAUUGUGUUGCUCGUCAAAAAUUUAAUUUUUCCUUGUGGCAAUUUAUGCCAAAAUAGUUAUUACUGUUAAGUAAAAUAAGAUAAGUAUUCGGAAUUUUCUUCAUCGAAUUCCUUCCAUCGAAACUUGUUACAUCAAGGUUACAAGGCGAUUGAACUCCUAAUAGAUGAGUUUUGAAUUAGCAAGUCUAGUUUUCCUGAUGAGCUGAAAUGAUACGUUCUGGAUUGUAGAAUGCUCAGAGUUGUAAGAAACGAUUCCAUGGACUUAUAUGAUUAGAGUUUUGACGAAUAACUAUGAAUGACAAGGCUGAAAAUCAAACUCUUCUAAAAAAGCAAUAUCUUUCGGAAAAUCAAGCCUAUCGUGGUGACGGGGGAUCUAGUUCUGGAGAGGACUCCUGCCAUUCAGAAGGAUGGUGGGUAGGUUCAGAGACAGGCUCGAGUUGCAGUUCAUGCUGUUCAGAUUCCCAGUCAGAUGAAGGGUCUGUUGCGGAUUGGGAAUCAGAGGUAGAUGCAAACGGUAAUCUUUUUUUCAUUCAAUCACCACCAGAGUCUGAACUACAAAAGUAUUCCCAGUCUGUUGUGGAGGAAAUUAUAACUGAAGUGCCUCGUGGUGCUCCUGAAGGUCAUCCAUCACGUAAAGGUUUACAAAUAUUUAUAAAUAUAUAUAGGAAAUUGGCUGGACUUAUUAAAAGGCGGAAUAGUAAACGAUACCGUCAUAAAAGCAAUGCAAAUGCCUUAGUCAGCCAAAAUAAUACUAAUAACAAUCUGGAUGAAACUCCUCAGCUAUCAGUUGCUGCUGCAAGUAGUACAUCAUCCUGCAGUGUAUCACCCACUUCUCAGGACAGUGAAGGAGCGUAUGAAGUGAGUCUACAACUUGAUCCUGCUGCUCGCCAUAACUUAGGCCGUCGUGCAAGCCUUGCUGAAUCACUUUUGGGCUUAGUUGUGAGUGCAUCUGGAGAUGAAAAUAAAGUGAGAAUUGUAGGUUUUAUCCCAAACGGUGAGGCUAUUCGUCUUAAUGGCAUUCGAAUCGGAGAUUGGUUGAGAUGUAUCAAUAACCAGGAAGUGACAUUACAAACCUUAGAGACUGUUUUAGGAGCAUUUCCAUCACCUUGCAAGGUGCAGUUGAAACUCCAAAGACUCACUUCUGAUUGUGUUAGUGAAGCAAAAACUGCAAGUUUUCAGCAGGUGACAGGUUUUAAGGCUGGAGAACUGUCAGAGAGAGUUCGUAGUUUAGUACUAGUGAAGCCAACAGAAGAGCUGUGUAUCUCUGUUCAAACAUCAUGUAUUGGUGUAAUGUAUCUUACUCAAGAGGGGCUAUCAGCAGGUGAAGAAUCUCAAGAUGAUCAGAGCCUGCUUUACUGCUUUCCAGCACCUGCUAGUCACUGCCCCUUGGAAGCUGUGCGUGGAGCACUACUCACUCUGCAUUUGUUGCUUCCUGAGCUCACCCCUUCUCCACCAGAAAGUUCAACCAUUAUGCUGAAUGGGGAAUUCAUUCAUGUGCUUUACUGGGCAUGUGGUCGUGAAUUGCUACUUCUUGCUCUACCUGGUUCUCAUUACCCUUUACAAGAAGGUCGUCAGUUAAUUGCAGAUGUGGUGCACUUCCUCCAGUUCAAUUUUCAGACUCUUACCAGGGCUUUUACUGCUCCUGAGUGUCGUUCAGAAGUGGAUUGCUUUUUUGCCCUGUUUUUCUCUCGUUUGAUCAACGGAGAUCACUCUGGACCUCAGUUUGAGGAACUUAUGCCUGUAGCUCAUUGGGUUCCUCUACCAACUAGUGCUCAGAUUCGUCUGAACUCAGCCCUAUCUGAAUUGGAGUCCAAUGACUUUGAGGAAUUGGGGAGCAACAUUAAUGAUUGCCAACGGCUCUUCACUAUAAUUGGCAGUUGCAUGUACCACAAGGGAUACCUCUUAGCAUCGCAUCUUCCAAGAGCAGAUCUUCCUGAUGUUCACACAAUGCUGAGGCAAAGGGGAUUGGUCCCGUUGCUACGUUCAGAACCUUUGCAACAGUUGGUAGUAUGGCAUGAGGUAUAUCCAUUAUCAUGCUCAAGAGGCUUGCUAUCUGAUAAAGAUUCGAGUACUGGAUUGAACUCUGUUGCUACUGCUUACCCGAGUCCUGUAGGACGCUGGUUUCUUCUUAUUGUUGGCCAGGAAUGGGACUUGCUGAUCAUACUGCUGGAAUCUGCAGGUUGUACAAUUCGAGUAACAAACAAUCCUGGUCCAGAUGUGUGUUUCGUGGAAGAAGCUUUGGACACUUUGUCGUACAUACAAUCCAUUGGAAUUUCAGCAAUGGCCAGCAAGUGGAUGUCUGGACCACCAAGACCCCAGGUGACAACACCUGAAGCAGUUGGAAUCAACAAGUCUGGUCGUUCACAGGAUCAUUUCUUGGGAUUUAUGCGCUCUGCAGAAACAAAGAGCUCUCCACCUUCCCUAGCCAGUUCUUCAUUAUUAUCAUUGAGUUCUCCAAGUGGUCGUCGAGCAGGUGAUAAUGUAUCUGCAAGUACAUCCACUCUAGCUAGACACCGUGGCAGUCUUGAUCGUCUUCAUUCAGGCUCUGAGGACUCGGCCAGCCAGGCGUGUAGCAGCAGUGUGCUGAGUGAGUGCAGUGAUGAAGCUGUGGGCAGUGGUGGCUGUGGAGGCACUGGAGUAGGAGGGCCAGUGGUGGGUCGACGUGCAGAGAGGGAGCUACGGUCUGGGGCUGGAAGUCGCAGUAGUGGGGGUAGUGGUGCCCCUCCAGGACCACGCUCAGAUGGUUCUGACUCAGAUGACUCAGACUGGGAGGCGUAUCAGGCAUACAGCCGACGAGGUUAUACAGGAAGUAGCUCAGAGAUGUCAGAAGCGACACUCAGUCUUCUAGCAGAUGUGGAUGAAGUGUUGCCUACAAAGUUAACUGCUGGUGAGGAAAAUGCCCUUUUUCAUUACGUGCAGUUAGAUACAUGUGAAGGAAUACUUCUUGCACCACCAGCUGGACGUGAAACGAGAUCUGGAGCAUCUCAACUUCGAGAAAUUCUAUCUUCCUUCCGACAAUGUUGCCAUAAUAUUCACAGUCUCUUACAAAACACUGUUGGUUUCAAGAAAAUGAUGGGCCAAGAAGUUACUAAGACAAUGAGUCGUUCUUUGGUUGCCAUCAAGGAACACGGAGUGUUAUUUGAAGUGAGCAGUUCAGAUCCAGAAAACAAAAAGCAAGCACAGGCUCUAGCAUAUUGGGUUGUUGGACGCUUAUUUUUUGCCCCGCAACCUCGAGAAGUGUAUGUUUGCUAUCUAGAUUCAGCACCUCAGAACAUGGUGGAAAUUGCCUUCCGAUUGGGUCUAAGUGCUGCAGGUUGACUCACCAAAAACGAAUUAGAAAGAUGUUUAAGUAACAUUAAUUUAAUGUUCAUGGUCGAGAUUUUUGGACAGUGACGGGUGUCUUCUCAUCUUCA